AUGUCUCAGAAGCAUCAUGGUUGCAUAAUUUGCGGGAAAGUGUUCGCCACCCCAAAAGCUGUGUAUGGUCACCUGAAGAUUCAUUCUCGGCUGCGACGAAUUUGGGGUCUUAAGGAGUCUAAUGUGUGCUCGAUUUCAACUUCUGCUAAAGAGAAAUCUUCUUCUUUUAUGACUGAGUUUGAGCGACGUGAGAUGAAUGAAGCUGCAAUGAGUUUGGUUAUGUUUUCUGAACGAGUUGCUGUUCUCAGAAGUUUGUCUCCUGGUGAUGUUUCCAUGGAUUUAGAGCUUGAACCUAUGCAAGAGAAGAUCAUACAUUGUGUUGAGUCGAAACAAGUGUCCAGCGAAGUGUUUUCUCACUCGGGUUUUGAGAAGUCUAGUACUUGCAGUGAUGUUGUUGCUCAGACAUUACCUUCUACUCCGAGAAUUAAGUCGCAGAUAAAACGCGAGAGUAACUCCAGCUAUAGAUGCAAAAUAUGCGGCAAGAGUUUUGAGCGUUCCCAAGCUCUAGGUGGUCACCAAACACUUCACAGAUCGAUUAAAGGCCAAUUAGCGCUCAAAAAGGACGAUUUUGAAGGUGGUAAUUCACUGUCUCUGCUGACUGACUCAGGAGCUAAGCAGGUUGUUCCGAAACUAUCAUGUUUUGAAGUCUCUCAGGACGAAUUGAUUGAACUUAGAGAUACUAAUGACAAGGAACAUAGUGUUCUGUCAAAACAAGAGUUCAGUGAACUGUUUUCUCACUCAGCUUUCGGAAAGUCUGGUACUGGCAGUGAUGUUGUUGCUCAAUCGUUACCUUCUCUCCUUACAAGUAAUCUUCAGAAAAAACGACAGAGCAACUCCAGCUAUAAAUGCAAAACAUGCAGCAAGAGAUUUUGGUGUUCUCAAGCUCUAGGUGGCCGCAAAACACUUCACAGAUCGAAAAGGCAAUUAGCGUGUAAAAAGAAGGAUCUUCGAGUUGGUAAUUCACUGAAUGACUCAUCAGAAGCUAAAAAGAUUGUUUCAAAACUAUCCAACUUUGAGGUCUCAGAAGGAGUUGAUUGA